AACUGUGGUCAAGUGAUCGUUUCACUAGUGGGAGCAGAUCGUUUGUUUUCUUUGGUUUUAAUUCAGUUAAACACUUGUGCAACAGAAGAGUAAAACAUUAUUGUACUAUUGUACCGCAUUUUUGUAGAGUGAGGCUGCUGUUUGAUAUCCAUGCUUAAUGUAUCUUUUAAAUCGAAGAUGUGAUCACAUUGAUCGCUUUUGAUCUUGUUGACAAAGCAUUUGGUUGUUGCUGUGCAAUAUACAAAUACGAAACGCUAUUUUAUUGUGUGUCGGUCAAUGUGGAAUGAUUUGAAUAUUUAAUUUUAAAUAUCUGUUCACAGAAUAUUAUAUUUCUUUAUUUUUCAAUCGAACGACAGACAUCGGAAUUUGUUAUCAUCACAAGACGUGUUGUUAAUUAUUAUUUUAAGUAGGUAAAUCUUUUCUGCCUAUCUAUAGUUGGUGUGCGAAGUGGUGGCAUUGGAGCAAAUAUAUAUUGAUGAAUGUCCACAGAAAUAUAGUGCUUUCGUUGUAAAAUUUGUUUUGAUUUUUUUGUUUUCAAUUAAUUUAGAAAAAAAAAAUUGGUAAACAAAAACAAUAACAUGGUACUCCGUAAAAUAGUGUCUCUCUGCAUCCUCGUUGUUUACGGUGGUAUUCUGAUUAUAAGUCAAGUGGAAUCAUGCAAUGAAGUUGUUUGUGCGUCGAUUGUAUCUAAAUGCAUGCUAACACAAAGUUGCAAAUGUGAACCAAAAAAUUGCUCGUGCUAUAAGGAAUGUCUGAGUUGCUUAGGAAAAAAGUACUAUGAAGAAUGCUGCAGUUGCGUUGAAUUAUGCCCAAAGCCUAACGAAACACGAAACGCUUUGUCUAAGAAGUCUCAUGUUGAGGAAUUUGAUGGUGUACCUGAACUCUUUAAUGCUCUAAUAACAUCUGAGCCGGAAGAAUAUGAGUGGGACAUAGUCACCUUUCCAGUUGACUUCGAUACUGUUCUUGCAGGUCCCAAGUUGGAAAAGGAUGUCAAAUAUUACUUAAAAUCCAACGAACAAGAUUCCGACGAGAUACUCAAGGAACGAGACCAUAUGAUUACAGUGAACUGUAGUGUCAUCUACCUGUCUCCAUGUAUUUCCUGGAAUAAAUGUCGUCAAAGUUGCCAAAGUACUGGCGCCAGCAGCUAUCGGUGGUUUCAUGAUGGCUGCUGUGAAUGUGUUGGUGCAACAUGCAUUAAUUACGGUAUAAACGACAGUCGAUGCAGACGUUGUCCCGAAUCAAAGGAUGACGGAGAAGAUCUGGAAGAAAUUGAUGACGAGUUACAAGAUUUCGGCGAUGAAAUGGGACCCUUCGAUGGAACUGUAAAUAAUCAAUUUUUAUAAGUCCAUAAAAUUAAUCGUUAUAGUCCUGUUUAAAAAUAGAUGAUUUUGUAAGUUUUUCUUAAAUUUAGCAUUUGCUUAGAUGUGGAAUACAUAUUAUAGUAUUAAUGUAUAAAGCACAUCUCGGUAGGUAGGAAAUUAUGUAUCUCCUGAAAAUAACUCAUAUUUAUAUUUUGAAUUUGCCAACGUGAACAAUUUAUUGCUUUUAUAAUUUAUAAAACCUAAUAUUUGUACAGAAAAUACAAUCUGAUUUGUUAAAUUGACCAACAUAGAAAUAACAU